CGUCUGCCCACCGCACACUCCACGCACUGAGACACACGCACACCUCCCACACGCGCACCCCCUCUCGCGCCCAUGGAGUUCACGGACCGCGCCCAGGCCGCCGUCUCGUCGGCGCUGCAGCACGCGCGCGACCUGCAGCAUGCGCAGCUGCAGCCCGCCCACCUCGCCCUCACGCUCCUCAACGACGGCAGCGCCGAUGCUGCGCCCUCCACCUCACGCCCCGGCACGCCGAGCAGCGCGCGCGUCGGCGCCAGCCUCUUCCGCAGCGUGCUCGGCAAGGUCGGCGUCGAUGCCGAAAAGGUCGAGCUCGGCCUGCGCACCGCUCUGCGCAAGAUUCCGCAGCAGAACCCGCCGCCGGACGAGGUAGGCCUCGCCAACACGCUCACCAAGGUCUUCAAGGCCGCCGACGAGCUCAAGAAGCAGCAGCACGACUCGUACAUCGCCAACGACCACAUUCUGCUUGCACUGCUCGGCGACUCGGGCAUCCUCAACAUCCUCAAGGAGGCCGGCCUGCCGAAUGAGGCUGUCCUCAAGACGGCGAUUCUCGCCUCGCGCGGCGGCCGCCACGUCGACAGCAAGGCGUCCGACGAGCUCGACGAUGCCAUCUCCAAGUACACCGUCGACCUCACGGCCCUCGCCGCCAGCGGCAAGAUCGACAAUGUCAUCGGCCGCGACCAGACGAUCCGCCGCGUCAUCCGUGUGCUGAGCCAGCGCCGCAAGGCCAAUGCCGUGCUCGUCGGCCCCGCCGGUGUCGGCAAGACGGCCAUCGCCGAGGGUCUCGCGCAGCGCGUCGUCGACGGUGAUGUGCCGCCAUCUCUCAAGGGCCGCGUGCUCUCGCUCGACCUCGCUGCGCUGCUCGCCGGCGCAAAGUUCAAGGGCGAGCACGAGGAGCGCGUCAAGAGCCUGCUGACUGCGCUCGAGAAGCUCGCCGACUCUGACCAGCCCGUCAUUCUCUUCAUCGACGAGGUGCACCUGCUGAUGGCCGGCAAGGACUCUGGCGGCGGCAUCGACGGCGGCAACUUGAUGAAGCCGGCGCUUGCUCGCGGCAAGCUGCGCGUCAUUGCCGCUACCACGCCGACAGAGUACCGCCAGACGAUCGAAAAGGACGCUGCCCUCGAGCGCCGCUUCCAGCGCAUCGACGUCGACGAGCCGACUGCCGAAGAGACGCUGGCGAUCUUGCGCGGCGUUCGCGACCGCUACGAAAACCACCACGGCCUGCGCAUCCUCGACUCGGCGCUGGUGUCCGCCACAACACUUGCUCGCCGCUACCUCUCGGCGCGCAGAUGCCCCGACAGCGCGCUCGACCUCAUCGAUGAGGCAUGCGCCGACGUCAAGGUCACGCGCGAGACGGUGCCGUCCGAGAUCGACGAGCUUCAGCGCCGCCGCGUGCGCCUCGAGGUGGCACUAGCAGCCCUCUCUCGCGAGAAGGACGAGGAGUCCAAGACGUCGCUCGCUGCCACGCAGCAGGAGCUGGCCAAGCUCGACGACGAGCUCGGCCCGAUGCUCGCUGCCCACGAGGCGAAGCGCGCCCAGGCUGACGCGCUCGCAAACGCCCGCCGGCGCCUCGACGAGCUGCGCAACAAGGCCGACCGCGCCGAGCGCAACAUGGACUACUCGACUGCGUCCGACCUGCGCUUCGGCGCCAUCCCCGACAUCGAGGCGCGCAUCGUCAAGCUCGAGGAGGAGGAGCGCAAGAAGAUCGAGCGCGGCGAGAGCGACCAGGUCGCCGUGGGCCCGGAGAACAUUGCCGCCGUUGUGGCGCGCAUGACGGGCAUUCCGGUCACGACGAUGCUGACGAGCGAGAAGGAGAAGAUCCUCAAGCUGCCGCGCCUGCUCAGCCGCUCCGUCAUCGGCCAGCCGGAGGCGACCAACGCCAUUGCCAACGCCAUCCAGCUGCAGCGCGCCGGCCUCGCCAACCCCAACCAGCCCGCCUCCUUCCUCUUCGCCGGCCCGUCCGGCGCGGGCAAGACGCUCUGCGCCAAGACGCUUGCAAAGAUCCUCUUCAACGACGAGGAUGCGCUGCUGCGUAUCGACGCGAGCGAGUACAGCGAGCAGCACUCGGUGUCUCGCCUCUUUGGCGCGCCGCCCGGCUACAUCGGCUUCGAGCAGGGCGGAGCGCUCGAGCCGGUGCGCCGCAAGCCGUACACAGUCGUGCUCGUCGACGAGGUCGAGAAGGCAAGCAAGCCCUUUAUCCUCAGCUGGCUCGCCAUCCUCGACGACGGACGCGCGACGGACUCGCAGGGCCGCGUCAUCGACUUCCGCAACGCCGUCAUCAUCUUCACGAGCAACCUCGGCUCGGCCUUCAUCAACGACGCCGCCGAGGAGGGCCCGCUCUCGCCCGAGACGCGCAAGCUCGUCGACGGCGCACUCGCCGCUUCGCUGGCGCCUGAGUUCCGCAACCGCCUCUCGGCCACCGUCAUCUUCCGCUCGCUGUCGCGCAAGGACCUGCGCGGCAUCGUCGACCUGCGGCUGGCGGAGAUCGCUGCGCGCCUCAAGCAGAAUGGCCGGCGCAUCCGCAUCGAGCUCACGCCGGAGGCCAAGGACUACCUCGCUGCCACGGGCUGGACGCCGGCGAUGGGCGCGCGUCCGCUGGGCCGCGUGAUUGCCAACAACAUCCUCUCGCCGCUCUCGCGCCUGCUGCUCAGCGGCCAGGUGCUCGACAAGGAGACGGUGCGCGUCACGCUCGACGGCACGACGCACGCCCUCGUCGUGCACCCCAACCACGCCGCGCCGGAGAAGAUGGACACCGACGACGAGUCGGACCUCGACGACGACGACGAGAUGGACGACUGCUUCAUCGAGGCUGAUCCGCUUGACUAAGACCCGACGCGGCGUCUGCCAUGCGCCACUACUGCUCUUGCCCUGCUUUCUCCUGCAUCUGCACCUGUCACCCACCCACGCAUCUCGCCUGCCGUCAAACGGCGGCGCCACAUACCGCUCUUCAUCCAGCCAUGUCCCCGCUAGUCACCGCACGUCUCAUCUCUCUCUGUCAUGUAUGAUCCAGAAUCCGUCUCUGUAAAGAAUCUGAUGUCUUUGCCU